AUGCCUAGCGGUUAUGUACCGACCACUGCAGAAGAGAAGGCAGAUGCCGAAGCUGCCAUAAGCUGGGGGGACAUCAUCUUCGCCAGAAACGGAGACCUCCCGGCGGUGCGGCACUUCGUUCGCAGCGAUGCGGAGGCGGUGCACCAGAAGGACGGCGAUUAUUACGGAAUGACAGCACUGAUGUGGGCAGCUGCCUGUGGCCACCUCUCCUUGGCCCAAUUCUUGGUGAAGGAGAAAGCCGAUGUGAAUGCGAAGGACAUUGACGGCCAAACUGCCUUGGAUCGGGCUCGAAAAAACGGCAAGACAGACAUGGUGGCCUUCCUGGAACGCGCUGCAAAGGACACGACCCACCUGGAGGCUGAAUUAGCUGCCACGAAGGCAAAGCUGGAGCGCAUGCAGCUGACCGCAGCCUCUCCGUCCACUUCUGGCGGUUACGCGGGACAGGCUUUUGCCACAGCACCAGCACCCAAGGCAUCAAGCCAAGCUGCAGGGAGCGAGGCCAUUCCCGAUGGCGCUGCCGCGCCGGUCUCCAUGUUUUCCGCCCGGUUCAAUGGCGGUGAAUUCGAGCUGAAAUUCCGUGAAGUGCAUCGAUUGCUCAAAGAGCAUAAUUUCGAUAAUCUCAUGGUUAAUGCUGAUGCUGGAGACAACUUUGGGACUCUUACCCUAGAAUACUUCGGCAGAGUUCAUUUUGAGAAUGGAGUCAUGUUGUGCGUUUGCACGGAGGACUACGGUGAAAUCACCAAGUCCAAGUACUCGUCCAACUAUGAAUUGCAGUACAUUUAUGACCAAAAUUUGCGGAAGAUACCAAUCAGGGUAGUUCCAAUCUACCCACCGAGGCCUGACUGUGGUCCGCGUCAUAUGUACGACAAGUCGUACAGUGCACGAGUCCUCGUGAACUCAGUCUUUAAGGAUUCUGUGGUGUUCCUGGACUGCCAGGACAAGACCGCACACGAGAUUGCUUUGAUGCUUGCAAAGAAGCUCUUGGCCAUGUAA